AGGGGGCGCUUUAACAUUAACUCCACCUUAAACUCACUACAGAUGAAGAGCAGCUGUAGGGUUAUUUUUGUUUUGUUUUGUUUUGUUUUGUUUUUAUUUUGCCACAGAGGUUAUCAUCCUCAGCGUGAAAAUCUUCCUGAGUGAGUUUUACACUAACAGAUUUUAUCCGUUAUCAGUAUUUCAGGAUGUUUACUACGUUCUCCUUUGAUGUCUGAGAAUUAUGACCUUUAAGACCCAAACCUUAUAAUGGAAUCAGCAGAGGUCCGAGCAUGCUCUUUCAGAAAACCUCCACACACCCCUGCUCCUGCUGGCUCUCAGACAGAAACUUGUACAGAUUCAGGUGGAGGGACAUCAGGAUCUUGGGGACACAUCAACUCCAUGGACCAACAGAACCAUGUAAAAAAGGAUGAAUCUGAGCGUGAAGGCUAUGUCUGUGAAGCAGCGCCAGGCUCUGUGGGACACAUCACACCUAUGGAUGAACAGAUAUAUAUAAAAAAGGAAGAACCGGAGGAUGAAGACUAUCUCUGUGGAGAAACAUCCGGCUCUGUGGAAAAUGUAGACCAACAGAGAGGAUUUCAGAGCCUGCAUGUAAAAGUGGAAGAAUCUAAAGAUGAAGACUACAUAUAUACAACGACAGUCUUGGAAAAUGAUGAUGCCCAGUUAGAAGUCUAUUCCUGCUUCUGCUGUUCCCUUUCCUAUACAUCUCAAAUUAACCUCCACAAACAUAUCACAAGUUGCCACUCCGAUGAAUAUGAGAGACUAAUAAAAUCAGGAGAGAUAAUGUCUGAGAAUCUUAUGCCGGCAAGAAGCUCCAGUUUUCAGCAAACAAUCUCUGGUACUCUGCAAAUGCAGAAAGAAGUCUAUCAGUGCUUGCAGUGUGGGAAGAGUUUUACUGACCAGAAAAAUCUCAGAAGACACCAGCACAUUCACACAGGAGAGAAACCACAUCACUGCUCAGAGUGUGGGAAGAGAUUUGUUCGACAGAGUGAUCUCCAAAUACACCUGCGCAGUCACACAGGAGAGAGGCCACAUCACUGCUCAGAGUGUGGGAAGAGUUUUGCCCAACACAGUAGUCUCCAGAGGCAUCAGCGCAUUCAUAAUGGAGAAAAGCCAUUUCACUGCUCACAGUGUGGGAAACGUUUUAAGCAACAGAGUCACCUCCAGACACAUCAGCGCAUCCAUACAGGAGAGAGGCCGUAUCAGUGCUCACAGUGUGGGAAGAGUUUUAUUCAACAAAGUUAUCUCCAAACACACCAGCGCAUUCACACAGGAGAGAGGCCGUAUCAGUGCUCACAGUGUGGGAAGAGCUUUGCCCAACACAGUAGUCUCCAACGACAUCAACGCGUUCACACAGGAGAGAAGCUGUAUUACUGCUCACAGUGUGGGAGGAGUUUUAUUCAGCAAAGUGAUCUCCAGACACACCAACGCAUUCACACAGGAGAGAGGCCAUAUCACUGUUCACAGUGUGGGAAGAGUUUUGCCCAUCCCGGUAGUCUCCAACGACACCAACGCGUUCACACAGGAGAGAAGCCGUAUCAUUGUUCAGACUGUGGGAAGAGUUUUAAUCGACUGAGUACUUUCAAAGCUCACCAGUUCAUUCACACAGGAGAAAAGCCACAUCAAUGCUCACAGUGUGGAAUGAGUUUUGCCCAUCACAGUAGUCUCCAACGACACCAACGAGUUCACACAGGACAGAAGCCGUAUCACUGUUCAGACUGUGGGAAGAGUUUUAUUCAACAAAGUGAUCUCCAGACACACCAGGUCAUUCACACAGGAGAGAAGCCCUAUCACUGCUCACAGUGUGGGAAGAGUUUUACUCGACAGAGUACUCUGAAAGCACACCAGCGCAUUCACACCGGCGAGAAACCGUAUCAGUGCUCAGAGUGUGGGAAGAGUUAUUCUCGACAGAGUGUUCUCGAACAACACCAGCGCAUUCACACUGGCGAGAAGCCGUAUCACUGCUCCGAGUGCGGGAAGACUUUUGCCCAACAUGGUAGCCUCCAACAACAUCAACGCAUUCACAAUGGAGAAAGGCCGUAUCACUGCUCAGAGUGUGGGAAAAGUUUUGUUCGACAAAGUGCUCUUCAAAUACACCUUCGCAUUCACACAGGAGAGAAGCCGUAUCACUGCUCCGAGUGUGGGAAGGAUUUUAUGCGACAGAGUGAUCUCCUAAUACACCAGCGCAUUCACACGGGAGAGAAGCCCCAUCACUGCUCAGAGUGUGGGAAGAGUUAUUCUCGACGGAGUGUUCUCGAACAACACCAGCGCAUUCACACAGGUUUGAAGCCUUAUCACUGCUCCGAGUGUGGGAAGUGUUUUGCCCAACAUGGCACUCUCCAAAGACAUCAGCGCAUUCACAAUGGAGAAAAGCCGUAUCACUGCUCAGAGUGUGGGAAGUGUUUUGCCCAGAAUGGUACUCUCCAUCGACACCAACGUAUCCACAAUGGAGAAAACGGCACUGAAUUUUACUCGACACUUUGUAGGGAUGUACAGACAGAAACUUUUACAGAUUCAGGUGGAGGGACAUCAGGCUUUGUGGGACACAUCAACCCCAUGGACCAACAGAACCAUGUAAAAAAGGAUGAACCUGAGGAUGAAGGCUAUGUCUGUGAAGCAACGCCAGACCUUGUGGGAUACAUCACACCUAUGGAUGAACAGAUAUAUAUAAAAAAGGAAGAACCUAAGGAUGAAGACUGUCUCUGUGGAGACACAUCAGGCUCUGUUGAAAAUGUAGACCAACAGAGAGGAUUUCAGAGCUUGCAUGUAAAAGAGGAAGAAUCUAAAGAUGAAGACUACAUCUAUACAACGACAGUCUUAGAAAAUGAUGAUGCCCAGUUACAUGUCCUCUCCUGCUUCUACUGUUCCCUUUCCUAUACGUCUCAAAUUAACCUCCAGAAACAUAUCACAAGUUGCCACUCCGAUGAAUAUGAGAGACUAAUAAAAUCAGGAGAGAUAAUGUUUGAGAAUCUUAUGCCGCCAAGAAGCUCCAGUUUUCAUCAAACAAUCUCUGGUACUCUGCAAAUGCAGAAAGAAGUCUAUCAGUGCUUGCAGUGUGGGAAGAGUUUUACUGACCAGAAAAAUCUCAGAAGACACCAGCACAUUCACACAGGAGAGAAACCACAUCGCUGCUCAGAGUGUGGGAAGAGAUUUGUUCGACAGAGUGAUCUCCAAAUACACCUGCGCAGUCACACAGGAGAGAGGCCACAUCACUGCUCAGAGUGUGGGAAGAGUUUCGCCCAACACAGUAAUCUCCAAAGACAUCAGCGCAAUCAUAAUGGAGAAAAGCCAUUUCACUGCUCACAGUGUGGGAAGCGUUUUAAGCAACAGAGUCACCUCCAGACACAUCAGCGCAUCCAUACAGGAGAGAGGCCGUAUCAGUGCUCACAGUGUGGGAAGAGUUUUAUUCAACAAAGUGAUCUCCAAACACACCAACGCAUUCACACAGGAGAGAGGCCGUAUGACUGCUCACAGUGUGGGAAGAGAUUUAAUCGGCAGAGUACUAUCAAAGCUCACCAGUUCAUUCACACAGGAGAAAAGCCACAUCACUGCUCACAGUGUGGAAUGAGUUUUGCCCAUCACAGUAGUCUCCAACGACACCAACGAGUUCACACAGGAGAGAAGCCGUAUCACUGUUCAGACUGUGGGAAGAGUUUUAUUCAACAAAGUGAUCUCCAAACACACCAGGUCAUUCACACAGGAGAGAAGCCCUAUCACUGCUCACAGUGUGGGAAGAGUUUUACUCGACAGAGUACUCUGAAAGCACACCAGGCCAUUCACACAGGACAGACCUAUGAAGUUAUGAUCAUGCCAUUUGAAAUUUGAAUUUAAAUGCAAAAAAUCUGCAUUUGAAUGUUGAUAUUUUGAAUUUGUACCAUCUCAUCUGAAAUUGAAUUGAUAUUGAAUUUUGUGGUUUUGCAAAGAGUCAUCUAAACUGACUUCCUUGGUGGUCUAGUUGAUAAGGAUCCCACGCUCACUCAGUGAACCCAGCCACUGGGGAUUGCACUUGGUGCCGGUCCUAAGCACGGAUUAAAUGGGAGGUUUGCGUCAGAAAGGGCAUCUCACGUAAAACCUGUGCCAAAUCAAUUAUGCGGACCAAUGAAACGCUGUGGCGACCCCUCACGGGAGCAGAGGAAAGAAGAACAAUAAUCCAAAAUCUGAAAAUAAAUUUGCUAUAGGAGUGACUUUUGACCUAGCGUGCGGAUGUUUUGCUGCAAAGCAUUUCUGAGCAUUGCUCUAGAUAAGGGUGUCUGCCAAAUGCCAUAAAUGUGAAUUUAAAUUAUUGUUUGAAGUUUUAGACUGAAUUAUUUUUUCAUUUUGAACUUCACUUCAUGUUCACUUUUUAAAAUAACAUGUGCUUUCAUACACAGAACAUUGGCUGAGUCCAUGAACUGGAGCUUAUGCAGAUUACCAGUGUGUUAUUUUUUUCAAAUUGCAACUACUUCAGCUUUCAAGGCUUUUUUGAUUUCAGUGUGCAGGGGAUUUUUUUUCUCGAUCAGGUGUGAGAAAGGGAUACAAUUUUGUCGUAUGCACAGAAAUUACUUGUUUAUUAUGUUUCACUAACGCUAACGCCACUGAAGGGAUCUCGUGGCUUAAAGCAGAUGUUGCUCCCAGAGAUUUCAUGUUGCCAUUUUCACCCGUUAAUGCUGUCUGUAUGUGAGAAUGAAUGAUGUCUGUGGAGUGUAGUUCCUCUUAGGCAGAUACUUCUGGAGAACGUCUGCCUUGGCAUUACAGAGCAAACCUCAAAAAUGGUAUUUUCCCAUGCUUACUCUCUCACCAGUGUACUGAAGCUACAAUAGCUAAGCUUUCCUAUUUUUUCUACCAAGUUGUAAUCAUUUUUUUUAAAAAUGUUAAGGUCAGCACCUAACAUUAAUAGAUAACACUAUUAGUAUUUUACCAAACAUUAAAUGUCUGCCUAGGAUGUUCUAGGCCAUGAAUUGAAUGGUGUAAAUGAUCCAGAGGAACCAGGACAUGGACAUGGAGUUAUAAGUGUAUGACGUAUGAGAGAGAUGCACUGUGAGUGAGCCAUGCUGAAGAUCCGAACUGUAUACUGAUGCAGUUAAUGGUGUCGUGAGUAACAGAAUGUUCCAGCUGGUGGCACUGUGAAUAUUAACUCUGCUGUAAGCUGUUGUGAGUUAGAGCUGCAGUUUAUUUUUGUGUAGUUAAUACACCUUGAAAGAGGAGAUAAAUGGUACAUGUGUAUAAAGUAUUCUAUCCAUCCACCUUCAACCGCUUACUCCUUUUUAGGGUCACGGGGGAACCUGGAUCCUAUCCCAGGGAGCAGGGUACACCCUGGACAGGGUGGCAGGGCACACAAUCACACACACAUUCACACACUACGGACACUUUAGACACUCCAAUCAGGAGUGAGGCGAACAUGCUAACCACUAAGCCACCGUGCACCCUGUAUAAAGUAUUAUUAUUAUUUAUUAUAUGCUCAGUGUUCAUUGAUAGUUGUUGUUUUUUUUUUACUGAUUAAUUGGUGUCUAAAUGUUUAAAAUUUAAAUGAUUCACAAUCAUUGCGAAUAAAGGAAGAGGAUCUUAUUCGAGAUUUCUCCAUGUAUGGAAA